AUGCAGUCGCAGGAUACAUACCUGAUGCCCGCCAGCCCUGCAAGUGGUCGCCGCGCCACCACUAUGGCCGACUCGGUCCCCGCUGUGAAAAAAGCCCAGGGCCAUGUCCCCGCAUGCUUGGUGAAUGCCUCACUGACGUAUUGCGGCAACGAUUGCAUCUACGCCUUCGGCGGGUUUGACCAGUACACUGAUGAAGUGUACAACCACGUGCUCCGUCUGGACUUGAAUACAUUGCGAUGGGAAUUAGUGGACAAUUUUGGGGACAUUCCUGGGGUUCGCAUGGGGCACACGGCCAGCCUGUAUCAAGGGGAUAAACUGGUCAUCUUUGGCGGCGAGAACGAGCAUCGCGAAUACCUCUCCGACGUCAUUAUUCUGGACCUCAAUACCUUUCACUGGACUCUGCCCCAGAUCAGUGGAUCGGUUCCCCGGGGACGGGCCCGCCAUGCCGCUGUUAUCCAGGACGACAAGCUGUUCAUUGUAGGCGGAGUGACUGGCGAGAACAACGUCAUUCUAGAUGAUCUAACAUAUCUGGACUUGCAAACAUGGACAUGGUCACGAACAUGGAGCUUCACGGCCCGCUUCGACCACACGGCUUGGGUUUGGGGCAACCGUCUCUGGAUCUUUGGUGGACUGGGACCUAAUAUGGAACGAACUUCGGACAUCUGGUGGCUCGACCUUAAAGGCUCGCCUUCUUUAACUGGAAUCACCUCCUCCCAAGGUACCGACAAUCUUCCGGAUACACGAUUACCUAUUGCUCAUUAUCCAGACUCCAUAUCUAGUCCUGCCUCGCAACAGCUGUCGCCUCGCUCUGGGAUAUAUCCCGCCAACUCCGCAAGCGUUCAGGUCCGCAACUUUAGCCGCCGCAAGCCUCUUGCCCCGGGUGCUAUCUCCUGUCUCCGAUUCCACUCUGGUUCGAAUGUUCCCCAAUUGUUCUCCGGCACCCACUUUCAAUCCUUUACCUCGGGUGUCCUCCUCGACCUGAUCACUCCGUCUGAAACUGUGCGGUCGCAUGACUGUAACCUCUCUGCUCUAGACCUAAAUUCUCUGCGCUGGCAGCGAUUGGCUGAUGGACUGGAGAUUUUCCGCCCCGGUUAUCGAUGGCAUUACUGUACCGUGAACGAAACGGGGACUAAAGCCUGGCUACUAGGAUGUAGCCUCGACUUGGCCAAUAAUGCGCCUGGGGCCAGUGACGAGAAUCACAUGAGCGAAGUCCUAGCCAUAGACCUGGAGAAAUACGGCUUACUUGGCAACAGUCUGUCAGCGGAAGCUCCUCUCCAAGAUGCCUCGUGGCCAGCUGACCGUCCGGGGAGUUCACCCGUCUCUGGACUUGGGGCUGACCUCUCUGCCGUGUUUGACCAAUCCCCCGAAUCAGGGAGCGGUGCGGACUUUGUCAUUACCGCAUUUCGUGACGAUCACGACUACUCAGUCUCAGAUGACCUGGGGGAUACCCCAUCCGGAUCUUCCGCCCAAACACAGCCUAUCUUCGUGGAGCCGAGCCCCGCCACAUCAGAUCCUAUUCAUGUUCACAAGAUCAUCCUGCAGCUUCGAUGGCCACACUUUAAGCGUCUUUAUGCGGCCCAGAUGGCAGAGUACCACACCAAAAAGAUGCACAUCCCGGAACCCUACUCCGUCGUGCGUGCCUUCCUGUACUACCUCUACACGGACAGUAUCGCCGGUCACCCGGAGUAUUGCUCGAGUGUGAUCGACGUGGCAGGGAUGCUGGUGAUGGCCAAUCUCUACGACAUGCCCAAGCUCCGUCUGCUCUGUGUGAAUCGACUGAGCCGCGAGCUAGACGUGGAGAAUGCAGCCAUUGUCUGGGAGCGGGCUGGCCGAACGAGUGAACAUUGGCUCAUGCGCCGAGCUGCACAGUUCUGUCUGACCCACUGGGGCCGCAUUGUGCGGACGGAUGGGUUCAAGUCUCUCAGCCAUCAGAGCUUGAUUAAACUAUGCGAGGUGGUUGAUACCGAGGGUCGUAUUAUUGCAGGGCCUGAUCUGGAGAUGGUUGGUGCGUUUGGAGCGGAUGCGCAGUGUGACAGGGACUCGAAAAACGCUCGAGGGCGGAUGGGUUCCGCCGUGAGCUUGGACGAUGAAUCCGAAGAUGAAGAUAUGGUACUUUCAUGA